AUGGAUGCGUGGAACGAAGAUUUUGCGGAGCUGGAGAUUGGGAGCUCCACGGAAUCGUUCCAAAAGUUUUUGCUUUCGCAGAGAGACCUCUUCCACAAUCAGAUCGACCAGUUUCAGGAAAUCGUCGUCACGCAAUGCAAACUCACCGGAGUCAAUCCUCUCUCUCAAGAAAUGGCGGCUGGUGCUUUGUCAAUAAAAAUUGGGAAAAGACCUAGGGAUUUAUUGAAUCCAAAGGCUGUAAAUUACAUGCAAUCAAUUUUUUCGAUUAAAGAUUCUAUUAGCAAGAAAGAGUUGCGUGAGAUCAGUGCUUUGUUUGGUGUCACUGCGACGCAGGUGCGGGAUUUUUUCACUGGUCAGCGUUCAAGAGUGAGGAGACUAGUGCAGUUUUCAAAGGAGAGGGCAUUAAGUUCUAAUUCUUGUGAGGGACCUCAUGAUGAUCAAAUAAUUUCUGAUCCUGUGAGACCAAUAAAUCCAGCUUCCCUAAACUCUACUGCCCCGUCCAAUGCUGAAGAAGCGUCUUGUUCAACACAGGAUGCAGCCUUGUCUGACCUAGAUGACUCAGAUAAACAUUUUGUUGAUAAUAUUUUUAGUUUAAUGCAAAAAGAGGAGACAUUUUCUGGGCAGGAGAAAUUGAUGGAGUGGAUAUUGACGAUACAGAAUUUUUCAGUAUUGUUGUGGUUUUUGAGCAGAGGGGGUGGAAUAACUUUAGCUACUUGGUUGAGUAAGGCAGCUGUUGAAGAGCAAACCAGUGUCCUUCUUCUUAUCUUGAAGGUUCUUUGUCAUUUGCCUUUACAUAAAGCCAUUCCCAUGCACAUAUCAGCUAUAUUGCAGAGUGUAAAUAAACUACGGUUCUACAGGACAUCAGACAUAUCAAACAGAGCAAGGGUUUUGUUGUCAAAGUGGAGCAAAUUAUUAGCGAGGAACCAAGUAAUAAAGAAGCCCAAUGGUGUCAAGCCUUCUAAUGAUGGUCAUAAAGCGUUGAUGCUUUCUCAGAGUGUUGGUCAAUUUAUGGGCUCUGAAUCAUGGCAUUCAAAUAUUGAUGUUCCCGAAGACUUUCUCACUCUCUCAAGUGAAAGUUCGGACAAUUUCAGGAAAGUAGGAUCUCCACAAUCGGUGAAAUUGUUGCCUCCUAGCUUGGAUGAUUCUAAUAAAAAGUCCACACUUGGUGUAUCUUCAUCUCAAUCUAGAGAGCGCAGAAAAGUGCAAUUGGUGGAACAGCCAGGCCAAAAGUCAAUGAGUAGAAGCUCACAAGUGACGAGAGCAGGGCCUGUAAGUCAAGGCCGUCCCAUGUCCGCUGAUGAUAUCCAGAAAGCAAAAAUGCGUGCUUUAUUUAUGCAGAAUAAGUAUGGGAAAUCCGGUUCCAAGGAAAGUAAAGAAACAAAGAUUGAUGGUCUGAAUAAAAAACCUCAGACAACUACUGCCAGUAUUGCAGCUUGCUCUUCUAAAGUUCCUACUCCUCCCAAAAUUGAAGAAAACAAGAAACCUCUGUUACUUGCCUCUAAAACCAGUAAUAGGCUUUCAAAACCGAAAAUGGAUGUGAAGGAACCUCUCUGGGAGAAGUGCAAGAGGGUUCAGAUUCCAUGGAAAACACCAGCAGAAGUGCAACUUAAAGAUACCUGGAGAGUUGGUGACGGUGAAAAUAGCAAAGAGAUUGAUGUCCAGAGAAACAGAAACCGCAGGGAAAAGGAAACUAUAUACCAGACUGUCCAAGAAAUGCCACCUAAUCCCAAGGAGCCUUGGGACCUUGAAAUGGACUAUGAUGACACUUUGACGUUGGAAAUUCCAAUUGAACAGUUACCAGAUGGUGAUGGUGCAGAUAUAGCAGAUUCCCCCAAUCAGGUAGCAACUCAUACUGUUCAAGGGGUGGCCUCCACUUCUUCAACAAGUAUGACUCCUGCUGAGCCUGAUUUAGAAUUGCUUGCCGUACUGCUAAAAAAUCCAGAGUUGGUAUUUGCCUUAACUUCUGGACAAGCCGGUAGCAUACCGAGUGAAGAAACAGUGAAGCUGCUUGACAUGAUCAAGAGAGGAGGUGCGAACUUGGGUUUAAGUGAAAAUACAAAUGGGAGUUAUGGCACGAGUGUAAAAGCCCCGGAGAAGGUGGAAGUUUCUCUCCCAUCUCCAACCCCUUUAAGCGAUCCAAGAACGAGUGGAUGGAGCUCAGAAGCAUCCAAAAACCCCUUUUCACGGCGAGGUGUAGCACCUGAUAGGAUUAUCCAGAACCAUUCUGCAGUGGCAACUACCAACUUAUUAUCUCAGAUUCCCGUAACUAGCACCACUACAGCAAGGCAACAGCCAACAGCUGUCGUUUCAUCUUCGAGGCAUUUCAUAAGCACAGCAGUUACUCCAUUUGCACUGCAUCAGGCAUCUAAUAUUAAUCCUGAAAAGCAACCUUCAGUGAGGCAUGUACAAAUACCAUCCUCAAACGUAGGUUUAACCAUGAAGAAGAACUUAAUCACUGCCAAUGCAUCUUCAGUUAACUUUUCUGGCACUCAUUCAACUCUAGCAAUGCGGGGUGAUGGCACCAAUUAUGUAAAACCCGUACAGAAUUUGAGUGUACAACAUGAGGGUGUGGCUAAUUCCUUCCCACAGUCAUCCUUCAAGUUACCCUCACCAACGCCGUCAAAUUCAGUCACACAGCAACAAAGACAUCAUCAACAUGUGGUCCUCGAAGCCCAUUACACUGAACCUCCUCAUCGUAACCCUAGCCGUUCAUACCCACCCCAAAUCGAAAAAUCAGAUCAUGGGUCUGAAAACAUGUGGAGAGUUAGGCAAGAUGUGUCAUCCAGUUAUCAUUCUCAAAGAAAUCAUAACCAUAAUACAAUGGUUGGGGGAUCCAGGCAAUCUGGCUUAUGUGAUAGAAAUAUUCAGGGUAGGGAAGAUUUUGAAUCAUGGAGUCCCGAGAAUAGUCCAACCAGAAAUCCUAGGUGUGUACCAGGUAGAAACUACCCAGAGUCCAGAAUAAAUCAAGGAAGAGGUCAUAGACCUGAAUGGUCAAGGCAGAGGGGCUCUUCUGGACACUGGGACCCUGGCAAGCAGGGAAACAGAAAUUGGCAAGAUCAGAGACGAUAA